AUGAUGUCUAUAUUAUUCGAGACAGCAUUCUGCUACUCACCUUCCCACGUGCACAAGUAUUCCAAACAGAACCCUUCAAAUUGUGCAGUACAAAGGGCAUCAAGCCAACGCGUUUUCGCUAAGAUGACAUUGAGUCAAAUCGAAAUUGCAACCCGCCCGCCCAAUGGGAGGGCCCGUCGCGUUCUUGUGAUCGGCGGCGGAGUCGUCGGGAUCACCUCCGCCAUCGGUCUGCGUGAAGCAGGUUUUGACGUAACCGUAGUUGCUGAGCACUACGAAAACAUCACAUCGAACGUAGCGGGUGCUCUCUGGGAAUGGCCCCCAGCUGUUUGCGGUCAGCAUGGAGACCCUCGCUCGCUAUCAUCCUCCAAGCACUGGUGUAUGGUCAGCUACGACAAGUUCAAAGAGUUGCAUUCAACUUAUGGAGAGGGUGAAUGCGGUGUCUACCUGCAAGAUGUCUUCUUCUACUUUCGUUUUUCUGUGGACAAGUGUUGCUUCAAUCUCAAGAAGAUGAACGAGCUCAAGGACAAGGUUGAUGGCUUUGCAAGAGGUAUGCACAUCGUCCCAGAGGGCGUUGAUCCACAAUUCGUGGAAAACAACAUCAAGGACUGCUACAAACACAUGGCGCCCAUGGUUGACACGGACAAAUACAUGCCGUGGUUGCAGCAGCAGGCUAGGGAUAAGGGCUGCAUAUUGUUGCAAGAGCGCAUCGACAGUCAUGUGCUUCUAGAGGAGGACACACUCCGCAAGCGCUACAAGGCCGACGCUAUCGUCGUAUCUCCUGGUCUUGGGGCCAUCGACAUCGUUGGUGACACUCACAUGUAUCCUCUGCGGGGAGCCCUUGUUCGGGUUAAACAACCUAACGGAGCUAUUAGGGCGGCUCACUGCAUCAGCCACGAGGAGGGCUCCAGUUCAGAACAAGACAUCGUGUUCAUUGUUCCUCGAGGGAAGGACCACGUCGUUCUCGGAGGACUGGCUCAGCCGAAUCAAUGGGACAAGGAUCUCUCCCUCGACGACCCGAUCAUAGACCAGAUGUACAAGGGUUGUCUUGAUCUUCUUCCAGCUCUCAGGCCCCUUGAGCUUGAUCCCAAGGAACAUGUCCGCACCGGACUUCGUCCUUUCACUGAUAAGAACGUCCUUCUCGACCGCAUUCCUGGCACCAAUGUCGUGCUCAACUACGGCCAUGGUGGUGCUGGCGUCACCCUGUCUUGGGGUUGUGCUGAAAAGGUCGUCAGUCUUGUGCAAGAAAUGUUUCAUGAUACGCCCCAUAUUGACAAUAUCUCACAAAAGCUGGACGCCAGCCGUCCAACUACGUUUCUACUGCACGACAUGCUGCCUUUCAGGGCGCAAAUUGAAAAGAUUCGAUUCAUGAAGCAUAACUUAGUCUUGAUUUCUAGUCGGCGUGGGGUGGCAAAGGUCCCUGCCCAUGAGUUUAUCCAUUUUGAUUUGAUCCGUGUCGUCGACUUGUACGCGCUGAAACCUCUUGUCGCAACAGUCAGUGAAAUUCUUUCCUCAUGCGCACUUCGUCCGGACAAAUGCCGAAUUGCAACCAACGAUGAGUACUCAAUCCUGUUGUCUGGACAAGUCCGCGAUGCCUUGGGAAUCCCUGGGGCUAGUUCUCAUUCUAUGCUGCCCUUCUUCGAUAAGAAUGCCACCAAGAAGGCCAUUGGACAGAAUGGACCCGUGCGCAUCCCCAACUACGUGGUAUUCAGUCCUGAGAAAUUUCGCUCUGACCCGGACGGAUAUGUCCGAGAAGUAAUGGAUACUGUAGGACACAAGCUCUUCAUCAAGCCCGUGGUCGGUGCGGGCAGCGAAAAAACCUGGCGCCUGGAUGGGAGCGUCCAACUUUUGCAGUGGUGCGAGGCAAACGUAUGCUCGGACUCGAUUUUUGAGAUUGACGAGCGCAUUGCGGGAGAGCUGUUCAACACAAGCGUUGUCCGUGUGGAUGGACGAAGCAGCCUUUUCUUCGCCAUGCGUCACAACCGCCCCAACGACGAAUACCUACAAGGCCACCAGCUUGGAAACAUUAUCGUGCCCCCGACGGACGCCCUGUACGCCAAGCUUGAGGAAUUUUCGGAAGCCGUGCUGUAUCAGCUGCGGGACUACUGCGAGGACUAUGGCGUUUUCAACAUUGAUUUCUUUUUGGAGAGUGGCACCGCGCAGCCGGUGCUCAUGGAAGUCGCUGCUCGUGCUGCAGGAGGCGCUGUGGGUAAGGUUAUCGAGGAGUGUUCCGGCGUUGCACUCGAGGAGACCAGUCUACUCAUGCAAAUGGGACAUAAGACUCCACUGCACAAAUUCAAGAGCACCGAGAUGAGGCGCUACGCAGCGUAUUCGAUACAUCCGCCCAAGGCCGGGGUAGUGAAAAGAAUGCAAAUUCCCAAGUUGGAUUCAACCAUAUCCUCUGUGUCUUGGAGGGCGGUACCGGGCAAGCGCCUGAGCACACCUACAAGCAUGCGUGAUAUUGCUCUUGUGCUUGUUAUCAGCAAUACUGACAUGAAGAGCCUUGCACGUGAUUUCGAGCGCAUCAACAGUGAAGAAUAUAUGAUUGUUGAGUGA